GCAAACAGACAAACUAUGGCGGCACAAAUUAGCCUACAGGUUCUCCUGCUCCUCUGGAUUUCGAAUGGUGCUCUUGGGCAGUCCGGUUGUUCCGACUGCUCCUUGACAAAUGAACAAUAUGCGUGUGUCAGUGAAACCGACUAUGGGCUUUGCUUCGGUCAAGGCACCGUGGACGAAAGUGCGGUGCAAAGCUGUCGCGAUGGGUACUACUGCGUCCUCGAGGGAUUCUGUGCACCAAUGGCCUCAGCGGAACCGGCCUGUGUCACAGCCACUUCUACGGCCACAACGGAUAUAGUAACAGAUUCGAGUACCCUAGAAACUACGGAGUCAACAGCAACCACCACAGCUGAAACUACCGAUUCCACAGUGGCUGAAACUCCAACAACCCAGUUCACAACAGAUUCAACCACUUCUGAAUUUUCUACAGAUUCCAGUACCGAUUCUACUACAUCUGAGCUCACUACGGAAUCGAGUACCGAUUCUACUACAUCUGAAAUUAGUACCGAAUCGAGUACCGAUUCUACUACAUCUGAGCUAACUACCGAAUCGAGUACAGAUUCUACUACUUCUGAAAUUAGUACCGAAUCGAGUACCGAUUCUACUACAUCUGAGCUAACUACCGAAUCGAGUACAGAUUCUACUACUUCUGAAAUUAGUACCGAAUCGAGUACCGAUUCUACUACAUCUGAGCUAACUACCGAAUCGAGUACAGAUUCUACUACUUCUGAAAUUAGUACCGAAUCGAGUACCGAUUCUACUACAUCUGAGCUAACUACCGAAUCGAGUACAGAUUCUACUACUUCUGAUAUUAGUACCGAAUCGAGUACGGAUUCUACUACUUCUGAAAUUAGUACCGAAUCGAGUACGGACUCAACUACUUCUGAACUUACUACUGAUUCGAGUACAGAUUCUACUACAUCUGAACUUACCACAGAUUCAAGUACAGAUUCCACCACAUCUGCCACUACCACUGAUUCGAGUUCUCCGCCCACAACAACUGAAUCAUCUACCAGUGCUCCAACUACAGUACCUUCGGAAAUAGAUCCCAAUGCCUAUUGUGCAAAGUUGAAGGCCAAAGGAUACUUCCGAGUUGAGACCGAUACAACGUGUCAAAUGUAUGUCUACUGCUAUAAAUUGAGUCUGGAUUACCUGGGUUGGCUUUACUAUUGCAACACCAAUGAAUACUACAAUUCGGAAACAGAGUCCUGCCAAUCCACACGACCGAGCAACUGCUGAGUACCAACGAUUAAUGAGGUUCAUUCAUAUUACUUCCAGUUAGCCAUAAAGAAAGAUACAAACGA